ACAGUCAGCCAGCUGCUACACUCAUCACCUCUCACAUUAAAACUUGAACUUCAUUACUUCCACAUUUCCACAUAUCCUCUCAAUAUUCUUCCCUCUAAAAACCCUCCACCACCACCACCACCACCAGAGAGCCGCCAUGGAGUUCCUUCUCCAAACUAACAAGUAUAUUGUAGGUCACCACCUUAGCAAGACACGAUUUUUUCCGACCAUCCAAUACUGGUUAGCAGACCAUCCAAAUAUCCAAAACUUCUCAUGGAAACAAGGUGAAACUCCAGGCUCUUCUCUCCUCUUCCUUUCUCUCACUGUUAUCUCUUAUCUCUCUCUCACUUAUCUCUUCUCUCACACAACCCUAAUCUCCUGCAGCCGCCGUUUCCUCAAAAGCCUCACAGCCAUUCAUAGCUUGAUCCUCCUUUCACUUUCCUUCGUUAUGUCCCUUGGUUGCACUCUCUGCAUCAUCCUCAUCGCUCCAAAUGUGGACUACCUCAUUUGCUUCCCUCAAAAAACCCCACCAACUGGUCCUCUCUUUUUCUGGGCUUACAUAUUCUAUAUCUCCAAGAUUUAUGAAUUCAUGGACACCCUUUUGAUCAUCUUGAGCAACUCCACCAGACGGCUUACUUUCCUCCAUGUCUACCACCAUGCAACGGUGGUGGUGAUGUGCUAUAUCUCUUUGCACACUUCACAGUCUAUGUUCCCUGGAGUUCUCGUCACUAAUGCUGCUGUCCAUGUGAUAAUGUACUUCUAUUACUUUCUGUGUGCUCUAGGGAUUCGUCCAAAGUGGAAAAAAAUUGUCACAGAUUGCCAGAUUUUGCAAUUCUUUUCAAGCUUUGGGAUCAUGGGUUUGAUAUUUUACUACCAUUUUACUGGACAAGGCUGCUCUGGUAUCUCGGGUUGGUGGUUCGAUGCUGUUUUCAUUACUUCUCUUUUGCUUCUGUUCCUUGACUUCCAUGCUAAGACCUACUCUAAGAAGAAGAUCACCAAGGAAAAUUAAUUAAUUUCUCAUUCUUGAUUUGUUGUUAAUCAUUCUUAGGAUUAGAAAAUUCUCAUGUCCACUAAGGUGUGUAUGCACCUGACCAAUAAAAAAUUAAAAAAAAAAAUAUAUAUAUAUAUAUA